ACCAGUGCCCAGUGUAGCUGCACCACUGCCCAGUGUCCAGACUCCACCACUGCCCAGUGUCCAGGCUCCACCACUGCUCAGAGUCCGGGCUCCUUCAGCUGCACCAGUACCCAGUGUCCAGGAUCCUUUAGAUACACCAGUGCCCUCAGCAAUGGCUGUUGACGAACACUGCAUUCCUGGAAUGGACCGGGUGGAUGCGUUGGCAGAGUGUCUGGUGGAGCUGCGCACACAGACAAGCCUCACACUUACCAACCAACAAGUUGCGACCAUUGUGGGUCUGUGGCAGAACCUGGACAAAUUUGAUAAAGACAGGGUGGUGUAUGCUGCUCGUCAUCAAGACAGGCUACUUACAGGACGUUUUAGGUCCCCAAAAAAGAAAGCUGUCUUCACUCCUGGUGUCGACAGCACAAAAAGGUGUGUUUUGGGUUCUAGCGGCUCUCCAGCACAGUGGCCUAAUUGCUGUCGCCUUGUUGAAAUGAUUUUCAUAAGGUUAUGUAACAUCCACCGAAGCCCCAAGAAACAGCGGACAGAAUGUCUGUCUAGAUGGGAUCUCAUUCUUCGUGAUUACAGAAAAAUUCGGCAGCUAAUCCUGAGCAAUGGAACGGUGAUGAGUGACACAACCCUUCAGCUAGUUGAGGUAAAUCAGAGGACCCUUACGACAUGGCACAAUAACCGUUUAAAGGGUCAGGAGGUCUCCUUGCUGUUGCAAGGGCUGGACCUUCCAGAGGCACGUCCAGUGGCUUUGGAUGUUUUGCCUCCAGCACGAGUACAGCCUGUUGUGCCUCCACAAUAUAGCCACCAGUUGCAUACCUACCAGAUGCCACCAGACACAGCUGGACAGGCAAAGACAAAGUUUAGAAAGAUUGCGCCCUCAGCUACCUGUACAUCUGCCACAGCAACUUCAAUCUGGCCAUCAGCCGUACACCCUCAGCGUUCAGCCACGUCCAGCCAGCUAAGGACAAUUUGUCCCAGGCCGACAGCACCACACCCAUUGGUUCCUGACACACCCACUGCCCCUGUUGUGUCUCAGAUGUUUCUGGUGCCCUGCCCAGCCCCAUUUUCCACCAUUAACCCUGGAGCAAUUUCCUCUGAGCCACCUGCAAAUGACACAGCCACUCCAACCAAACGAUCGUACAAUCGCACUGUAAAAGCAAAUUCGUGCAGAAAGUGUGGCCAAUUUCGUACUCAAGAAACUGGCCAUAGCCAGUACAAAGGCAAAAUAUAUUGCCCUAAUAAAGAAACAAUUACAAAGGAGCAGUGGUUACAGAUUAUGAGAAGAUAACUCAUUUAUUUAUGUGUGAUACAUUCAUUUUGUUCUCUUGGUUGGAUCUGUUCUGUUUUUUAUCUUCCAGCCAUAUUUAAUGUUAAAGAGUUAUACUGUGCACUUUUUUUUAUCUUGUAUUAUUAUUAUUAUUAUUAUUAUUAUUAUUAUAAACAUGUGGGUAUGUAUGUGAAUACACUAUAAUACAUAUGGAAAUAUAUAUACAUAUUAAAUAAAGUUAAACUAUUAUUAUUAUUAUUAUAGAAAGGUUUAUGUGUAGAGGAAGCAGUAUAAAGUAAAAUACCAAAAUGUGUAGAUUUUGAUGUAUAUAUUUAUAUAUUUUUUUGUACUUAUUUUAUAUAGCGUGUGCACUUAAAAUUCUUAAUUUUAUAUUGAAUUUA